AUAUGGUGAGUGAGAUGACGUCUAGUUGCGGGUAGUGUGAGCUUGGUUAAACUGGUCUGAUUUUCUAAUCAAUGAAACGUCUGAUCUGAAUACCUUUCCUGGUCUCAAAACUAAAAUCUGUUACGAACACAAUGCACUAGGUUUUUAUAGAUUUGACGCUUUGACAACAUGCACUCGUUUUAAAUGACUCGAUGUAAGGUCGAAUCGAGUUUGUGCACACGCGCACUUCACAGAGGGGCGUUCCCUAACGGAAAUACGGAAAUAAUGCUACAAUGUGCCUAUAGGAUAUCUCCAGCUCGUGCUUGGUUUUGCCCUUAUUCCUUGCUUGAUCUGCCCACUAUGCUUCAUUUGCUCACACUCUAAAAGACACUGAACCUUAUUGGGUUAGUUAUAUCUUUGUUAUAACCGUCUAUCUAGUAGCUGUUAGCUUAUUCCAGUAGCUAGCUAGCCACCUGUCUUUGUUACGUAUGUGUACAGUUCUAGGAGAGAGGAUAUUUGUAACUAGCUGAUUUUUUUAUGACGAACAACAACGUUUGGGAAGUGGAGGAAGAGAGACCUGACUCGGGGCACUGGUGUGAUCUGUAGGAGGCUAAAUCCAAGUCUUUCCAUUAUAGUGAACCAAACUGGGAAACAAGGGGGGCAGCUCAUCCAUAGAAGACUGUGAACUCUGGGACUGGUACAAAUAAGGGAAGGGGGGGUUGAUUUUCCAGUGUUGGAUUGAUGUUGUUGCAGUUAUGUCAGAGGCCAUCCUCACCUUCCAGUACCAGCUCAAUGGAGUCAUGGAAACAGUCCUCAAAACUGCUGUGCAUGAGAUCACUCGGCUGGUGAAGGACAGCUUCCUGAAGGAAGUGACCGGGAGCAAGCGGGAUGUGGAAAUCUUGAAGGAGAGGCUGCAGCAGUGUGAGCAGAGAUGGAGGGAUGGAGAGGAGGAGAGGAAGAGGGAAGUUGAAGAGAGAGAGCAGAAAAAGAAGAGAGAAGAGAGAGAGCAGAGGGGGGUGUGUAGAAGAUGUGGUUGUGCUGGAGACACUGAGGAGAGGGAAGAGGCUCUGUUAGGAGCAGAGGAAGGUUGUGUUAUCAAACAGGAGAUGUUCCAGUCAGGUGGACCCAGCACUCUCCCAGAGAGAAAGGGUCCACAGGAAAUGGCCACACCCAGCUCUUCCUGUGUCUCUGAAAGGAUGGACGAGAGGGAGGCCCAUGUCGUCCAUAUCAAAGAAGAGCCCAAUGACUGGGAGGAUCUGGUUACCCAGAUGGUCACAUCCACAGAUGCCUCCAUAGUGAGCCUGAGUCGUCUGCAGAGAUUGAGCUCACAUGCUGGGGCUUGGACCAGUGAGCCUCAGCCUCCACCUCCACUCCCAGCACCAUGGGCCAGUGAGCCUCUUCCUCCAGCACCAUGGGCCAGUGAGCCUUUUCCUCCAGCACCAUGGGACAGUGAGCCUCCACCUCUACCUCCAGCACCAUUGGCCAGGGAGCCUCCACUACCUCCAACACCAUGGAUCAGGAAGGAGCAGCUCCUACUUUCAAGGUCAGUGAUACCCACACAGGGGACAGAGCAUGCUGUGGGGGCCCUCGAAAGCAUCAACACAACGGCACAGCUGAGGGUCAAACCCUUCAGCUGUCCACACUGUGGGAAGAGCUUCCCUCAGCUCCGAAACCUGAAAGACCACCAGAAGUACCACCACACAGGGAAGAAGGCCUUCACCUGCUCCCAGUGUGGUAUGGGUUUUGUGUACAUGUGCCACUUCAGGGUACACAUGCAGCGCCACACGAGGGAGAGAGCAUUCAGCUGCUCUCAGUGUGGGAAGAGCUUCAGCCUUCAGAGCGGCUUGGAGAAACACAGGGUCCUUCACACUGCAGAGAGGCCUUACAACUGCACAGACUGUGGGAACAGAUUCUAUUCUAGAGUGGACCUGAAAAUACAUGAACAGAUUCAUGCAGCAAGGUAGACCUUUGACAUGAAGCAUGUUGAUUUAGAAAAUCAGAGGGGGGGGGGAUAACUGCCCACAUGUACUAUGUUCAAUGUAUCUAUUAG